GGCCAGUUCAAGGAAAACUCUGUAAACUGUAAUCUAGAAAGUUACUGUGUAAAAGUGAUUUUUCAUUAGGCUCUACAUCUCGAGUGCCUGAUAGAAAGACCGGCUGCUUGUUUCCGAAUAUUUUGCCAAACUGAUUUAACUUCAAAUGGAGGAACAAUUUGUAAGCGAAUUGAGAAAUGUUGGUUACGACGGGCCCUGCCUCGAACAAAACUACGCUUCAGCUGCUAUUGCGGCUGGUGCACAGAGUGCGGAAUUUCAAGAGCUGGUAAUCUGGUUAACUGACGAGAUUUGCAUUCUCGGUAAGUUAGAUGAGAAAAUAUCGAAAAGUGAAGACGCUAGCACUUUUGUACUGGAACUGUCAGGCUUUCUGAAAGAACUUACCUGCCCGUAUGCAAAUCUCGUAUCGGGCCAUGUUUCCGAUCGUCUGCAGACAUUCGAUUCGAAAAUGGUUCUCUUAGAAUAUUUACUAAACGAGUUAAUGGCAUUUAAGAUGAUAGAGUCAUUGCAAAAACCGAAAGAGAAAACAAAUGUCAUAACGCUUUUUGAAUCACCGACGGCCGCUGCGCUGAAAGAUAUUUCUAUCACCUUCGGUAUUGGUAAACCCCCUAACAAUAUUCCAGCGAAAGUACUUUUCGAUAAAAUUAAUGCCCGUUUAAAUGAAACAAUUAAAACUGCUGGCGAAAAACGAUUAAGUUCUCCACUGUUUGCCCCUAAGAAAAAGUUAACAAUGGAGCAAUGGAACAAACUUGAUAAACUGCAGAAGGACUUAGAUACAGAAUAUGAUUUGCGACGUAAGAUGCUGCUCACUAGAUUGGAUGUGACGAUUCAAAGUUUUAAAUGGUCUACCCGAGUUAAGGGAAAGGAAGGAACUAUGUCUGAGCGUUACGCUGAAAAACGAAAACUGCUCGAUUCACUGCAGACCGGAGGUCGCGAUACAGAUCUUAGUGCCCUGCUAGGUGCAAGAGAGACACUGGCAAUCAUUGAGAAAACCAGUAGCGCUGCUGUACGCAAGAAUACUAAGAGUAAAAUUCAGCGUCAUAUUAUCGGACGAGUUCCGGAUCGUGGUGGGCGAGCAUACGAGCACAACCCUCCGCCAUUGGAAAUGCCAUCGUGGCAGACACAAAGAAGCACCGGUGGACCCGGAGGCGGUGGACAACGCGGCGGAUUUUCUGGUGGGCGGGGUGGUCAGCAAAACCGUGGAGGCUGUGGAUAUCAACAGCAAGGUAGUUACAACCAAGGACACCAGCAAGGUAAUUACAACCAAGGACAUCAGCAAGGUGGUUUCAACCAGGCUGGAAGUGGAGGCGGAGGCUUCCAGCAGAAUCAAAAUCGUGGAGCUGGCGGAGGUGGUGGUUAUGGAGCUAAUAGCCGUGUUCAAGGUGGUUGGUCUCAGCCACAGAAAGAUUACAAUCAGAGCUACAGCAGUAACAGUAGCGUGAGUGGAUAUAGCACUGGAUCAGGUCGUGGGUAUACUAGCAGUGAUCAAUAUAGUAAUAGCUCCGCCGGUUCCGGCUACCGUGGUGGCGGUAGCACUGGUGGCUACGGUGAUCAACAGUACAGUCGGAACAAUAGUUACGACGGUAACAGAGAUCGUAGUCAUGAUAAUGAGUACAAUCGUGGUGGUGGUGGAGGACGCGGUGGAAAUAAUGGAGGAGGUGGCCGAUCCAACUAUAAUCGAGGUGGACGUCGUUGAGCAAAAAUGAUCAUUACGUAAGCAACUGUUGCUUUCAUACGAUUUCUCUAUUUACCGAAAUUUGUUCUAAACGGAACAAUGUGAUUCGGAUAAGUUUGCUUCCAGGCAGAAGUCUAAGCGAAAUAUGAGAAUACUAACAUAAAUAUAACACGUUCUUUUAAGUGCAUGAGCUCGUAUUUGACUAUA